UUGAGUCUCCUGAACACCCUUUGUGCGAGCCCCGUGGCCCGUGUUCUGGUCCGGAGAUGGAUUUGCCUGUGAACUUGACCUUCUCCCUCUCCACUCCUUCCUUUCUGGAGCCCAACCGCAGUCUUGGUGCGGAAAACCUGCGCCCCAGCCCACCCCUCCCCUCCGUCUUCGGAGUGCUUGUUCUGACCCUGCUAGGCUUUCUGGUAGUGGCCACGUUCGCCUGGAACCUGCUGGUGCUGGCGACUAUCCUCCGAGUGCGCACUUUCCACCGUGUGCCACACAACCUGGUGGCAUCCAUGGCCAUCUCGGACGUGCUGGUGGCCGCGCUGGUCAUGCCGCUGAGUCUGGUGCAUGAGCUGUCGGGGCGCCGCUGGCAGCUGGGCCGACGUCUAUGCCAGUUGUGGAUCGCGUGCGACGUGCUUUGCUGCACAGCCAGCAUCUGGAAUGUGACGGCCAUAGCCCUAGACCGCUACUGGUCCAUCACGCGCCACCUGGAGUACACGCUCCGCGCCCGCAAGCGCAUCUCCAAAGUGAUGAUCAUGCUUACCUGGGCACUCUCGGCUGUCAUCUCUCUGGCCCCGCUGCUUUUCGGCUGGGGGGAGACAUAUUCUGAACAGAGUGAGGAGUGCCAGGUCAGCCGUGAGCCCUCCUACACCAUCUUCUCCACCGUGGGCGCCUUCUACUUGCCGCUGUGCGUGGUGCUCUUCGUCUACUGGAAGAUCUACAAGGCCUCCAAGUUCCGCGGGGGCUCCAGGAAGACCAACAGAGUCUCACCUGAACCUGAAGUUGUGGAGGUGAAGAACUCUGCUCAGCAGCCCCAAAUGGCGUUCACGGUCCGCCGAGCCACUGUCACCUUCCAGACAGAAGGAGACACGUGGCGGGAACAGAAGGAGCAGAAGGCGGCCCUCAUGGUGGGCAUCCUCAUCGGGGUGUUCGUGCUCUGCUGGAUCCCCUUCUUUGUCACCGAGCUCGUCAGCCCCCUCUGCUCCUGGGACCUCCCUGCCGCCUGGAAGAGCGUCUUCCUCUGGCUCGGCUACUCCAACUCCUUCUUCAACCCGCUCAUCUACACGGCCUUCAACAAGAACUACAGCAGCGCCUUCAAGAGCUUCUUCUCCAGGCAGCACUGAGGAGAGG